AUGUGCAGUGGUGCUGAAUCUCGAGGAAAUAUAAAUGGUGAGGCUGUGAUUUCAAAGGUAGGAAGAGACUAUGAGAAUAGAAACAUGAGAACCAUAGAAGGUGGCGAAAGAGCUUUCAACUGUGGCACAUUCAUUCAAGGCCUUCUUCAAUGCGUAAAUCAUCAUAUCAUUGCUCUUCUCCCUACCCUUUCUGCCUCUGAGUUGAAAGAAGAGUUGCAAUCGCUUGCAAAGGUUUCAUGUCCUAUUAUAAUGACUAGCCUAAUGUUGUAUUCUCGAUCUGUUGUGUCCAUGUUGUUUUUGGGUCGACAAGGGAAAGUGGAGUUAGCUGGAGGCUCUCUUGCACUUGGGUUUGCCAACAUAACAGCUAAUUCAAUCCUCAAGGGACUCACUAUGGGAAUGGAUCCAAUUUGUUGCCAAGCUUAUGGAGCCAAGAGAUGGUCAGUUCUUAGCCAAACCUUUUUCAAAACUUUAUGUCUCCUCCUUGUUGUUGCCAUAGCUAUUUCAAUUUUAUGGCUAAACAUGGAACCGAUACUUCAAAUGCUAGGUCAAGACCCUGAAGUCACAAAAAUUGCCCAAGUUUACAUGGUUUUCUCUAUUCCAGAGUUGCUAGCUCAAGCUCAUCUUAAUCCAUUGAGGUCUUUCUUAAGAACCCAAGGCUUAACCACCCCAGUGACUAUAGCUGCAUCUUGUGCAGCAUUAUUACACCUACCCAUUAAUUAUUUCUUGGUCAUAUACUUAAAUUUAGGAGUAAAAGGCAUUGCAUUGGCCACUGGUUUGAAUUCAAUAAACAUGACUUUAGGCUUGUUGGUAUAUCUUCUUUACUCAAAGAAACCCUUGAAACCUUGGCAAGGAGCAACAAUUCUCUCAUCAUUCCAAGGGUGGAAACCGUUGCUAAGUUUGGCAUUGCCUAGUUGCAUUUCUGUGUGCUUGGAGUGGUGGUGGUAUGAGAUAAUGCUUUUUCUAUGUGGGUUGUUAAGCAACCCACAAGCCACAAUUGCUACUAUGGGAAUACUUAUUCAAACACUUGGCUUCUUAUAUGUGUUCCCAUUUUCUUUGAGUAUAGCUUUGACAACAAGAAUUGGACACUCAUUAGGUGCAGGGCAAGCCUCUAAGGCCCAAAGUACAGCCAUAAUUGGGUUUGUGAUAGCAUUUACUUUGGGAAUCUUUGCCUUCAUUUUGUUGAUAUCUGUUAGACAAUCAUUGGGAAAACUUUUCACUGAUGAGAAACAAAUUGUUGAUAUGGUCACCACUAUACUUCCAGUUCUUGGGUUAUGUGAGAUUGGUAAUUGGUCUCAAACAGUUUCAUGUGGGAUAUUGGCAGGGACUGCGAGGCCUAAAGUGGGUGCUAGAAUAAACUUAUGUGCAUUUUAUCUAAUUGGGUUGCCAGUUGCUAUUUUUGCUACCUUCAUAUACAAAUAUGAAUUUGUGGGUUUGUGGUAUGGAAUGUUGGCAGCACAGGUUUCUUGUGUUUGUAUGAUGGUAUACACAUUGAUUCAAACAGAUUGGGGGCAACAAACUAAGAGAGCAGUGGAAUUAGCUCAGAAAACAACAGAGCAAGAAAAUGUAAAUGAUGAGGAAAGUGGGUUGAUUAGUUCUGAUCAAUGA